GUCAGUACUGGCUGUGACUCUGUCGUAGCGCCGGGUUUUGUGUGGGGAACCGCAACGUGUUUCUUGACUGAGUCGGAUUUUAAACAGACGCGUGGAUUCGGACCUCCGACGAUGUUGCUGUAGCGUUGGUUCAGUCCAUUUUUUGGGGGGUGGGGAGGAUACACCAGCGUCCUACCCCUGUGACUUUUUAGACAGGUACUGGACACGGUCCUGAGGCUCCUGCCGCGGGACACUUUCACACUCAUGUCGGCGCAGGACGUCCCGUUUCCCCUCGCAUUCAGUUUGGGCUCUUCUGCCUUAGGAUGGGGUCGAGCGGCGGGGCAUUUCUGCCUUUUUUCUACGUUGGAUGUGUACGAGCGGGUCGCCCAGAUCGGUUUUAAUAAUGAAGAAAUGACGCGAGAAAACGGAGUGGAUUAGGAGCCGCCCCGUCUCCCCCUGCUCUUUAUUUUCCCUCAAUGCGGGACUCGGACCGUCUCCGGAUUAUUCUGAUAUUUCCUCUGAAAUGAAACAUGGCGACACGCCGGAAUGGAGCACCGGAGGAGGACAGCGGCGGAAAGCAUGCUGCUGUUCCGGCCUGCGAGGUGGAGUUGGCAUCCUCGGCACUGGCCGCGCCUCCCGGAGAGGAGGAGCCCUUUGCGUGGGGGGGGCCCACCACCAUCCGGCUGGCACGCACCCCACAUGGUUUCGGCUUCACACUGCGGCACUUCAUCGUCUACCCACCCGAGUCGGCAGUGAACUCCUCCCUCAAGGAUGAAGACUGUGUCCGUCGAGGGAGACCAAGGAACCGGCUCGAACCAAUGGACACCAUCUUCGUGAAACAAGUGCGGACUGGAGGCCCUGCCCACGAGGCAGGACUCUGUACAGGGGACCGGAUAGUGAAAGUGAAUGGAGAGAGUAUCAUAGGGAAGACCUACUCGCAGGUCAUAGGCCUGAUACAGAAGAGUGACCCUUUCCUGGAGCUCUGUGUGAUGCCAAAGGAUGAAGAUAUUUUGCAGCUGUUUCCCAGCGAUGUCCACCUGGCUCUGGCAUACUCGCAGGAUGCAUACCUAAAAGGCAGCGAUGCAUACAGUGGACAUGCUCACCAGAUCCCCGACCCCCCGCUCGCAUGCUACCCCCGCAUAGACACUAGAGUCCCAGCCAUGGCCCAGGCUCCGGACGCCAAUGUGUCCCAGGGGGUCCCACUGGGGACGUCUACAGAUGCCCAGCUGGACUUGGGCUACCGCAGGGAGGUCACAGUCCCACCACCGACCCUACAGAGCACCAAUGCUGACCUCUCAAGCUAUGGGUCACGUAUAAGCCACCUGGGUCCAUCACACAGGACGGACUUCUGCCUGCCUGGCCUGGACCCUGCCCCAAAUAACCCCCGGCACCUGACGAUGUCGUCCCCGGCAAGUCAGUUCACUCCUUGCCGGAGGACUGACCUUCCUGCUGGUGGUCUUGCCAGCUACCCUGGGCGACCAGACGGACGCACUGAUCCUUUUUCUCCACAUCUCAAUGCUUACGCCCCCCAAGCUCGCUCCUCUACCUCCUCUGCCUCGCACCAGAACAUCGACUGGCGGACUUACAAAACUUACAAGGAGUACAUCGACCACAAACAGCUGCACGCCUAUGGUUCGCGGACCAUCCAGGAGCGGCUGGACUGCCUGCGGGCGGCUUCCCGGGGGCCUGGUGAGCGACCGCAGCCGGCACCUUGCGGGCAGGGGUUCCGGCGUCGUAGCACGUCCCAUGACCGGGCGUACCCUGGCCCCCCUGGGGUGCACCCCCCACGUAGCGUAUCCCAUGACCGCCUGGGCACAGCCGAGCUCGCUGCUCGAACCGGCAACUGGCCACGUAGCGCCUCCCAGGAUGGCUUCCUCUCCAGCCAACAGGGGGAGCCCAAAGCUAGAACACGUUCCUUUGACUACCUGGAGCCAGUGGAGCGGCGAGGCUAUGGCAGAGUCAUCACGGAGGAAAUGAAAGUCCAACACCCUGAAGGGGGCCGGGCGGGCAGGUCCUCCCUCUCCAUGCGAGUUCCUGUUCACAGGUCUGUCACUGCCUACUCAGGGAGCAGUUUUCGCCAAGUUCCCAUGGCACAGCACUUCCCUAAAGGCCCAGAACCCCUCUUGUCCAAUGUCGUGGGCAGGACGCCGUGGCUGGCUGAGAGGGGCUCAGCCGUACAGAGAGCAGUCGCAGCUGGUGUCUUGAGCCACCCUGGACAGCAGCGGUCCCGCACUGAGAGCCUGCGGGUUCCAGGAAGGGAGUCAGAGCUUGUGUCCCGGACUGCCUCCUGCUCAGUCUCCUCCAAGUCCCCUGCACUUAGGCAGCCAUCUGGCCACGCCCCCUCCAGCAACGGUGCUGCCCACUUCGGACCGUCCGGACCGCCGGACAUGGUCAAGCCCCCACAGACCCUAGGUGUGGAAGGAGCACUGGAUCCAGUGGUCUUGAGGGAGAAGCCAGCCUUGGGGAGACCAGGAGUGCAGCCCCUCCGUCAUCAUUCCUACCUCUUAGCGGUGAACGAGCUAGACGGUGAUGCAGCGGCCGGUGUCACCUGCUGGCUACCCAACGACGCCAGGCGAGAGGUCCAGCUGAAGAGGCUGGACGAGCAGCAGCAGAGUAGCUCCAGCAGCCUCGAGAAGUCACUUGACGCCAUUCCUUUCAUAGAUGAGCCCUCUAGUCCCACUGCCGACCACGGCGCUGCACACAUUCCCGCUUCCGCCGUCAUCUGCGUCUCCGCCCCCCCGCCGUCAACCUCACCCAGUCCGGCCACCCCGUCCCCGCUCAUGCGACGCCAGCUGUCCCACGACCAAGAUUCACUCAGAAACAUCCAGGAGCAAUCUGGCAACAAAACAGAGAGGUCCAAGUCCUUUGAUGAGGGUUUGGACAACUACAGGGAAGAAGGGCGGCCACGGUCCUCAAGCAAGCACAUUCCCGCCUUCAGAGGUCUUAAGAAGACUAAAGCUCUGGAUGGGUACAAGUCCUCAGAAGAUUCCGGAUCCAGGAGAGAUUCUUCCUCGGACAUAUUCAGCGACUCUUCCAAAGAGGGAUGGCUACACUUCCGGCAGCUCACAAUGGACAAGAGCAAGCGGGUGGGCGGCGGCAUCCGGACCUGGAAGCAGAUGUACGCAGUGCUGCGAGGCCACUCCCUCUACCUCUACAAGGACAGGAAGGAGGGGCUGGCCCAGGCAUCUUCGGCAAGUGACAGUGAUCUGCAGUCAAUCAGCGUCAAGGCCUGUCUGAUUGACAUCUCCUACUGCGACACCAAGCGCAAGAAUGUGCUGCGGCUCACCACCUCCGACUGCGAGUACCUUUUCCAGGCGGAGGACCGAGAGGACAUGCUGUCCUGGAUUCGCGUCAUUCAGGAAAACCAGAGUCUGGAUGAAGAGAGUGCAGGUGUUACGAGCCGGGAUCUCAUCAGCAAGAAGAUAAAGGAAUACAAUAUGAUGAGCUGCCCCAGCGGUAAGACGGAGCCCUCCCCAAAAGCAUCCCGCCAGUCUCUCAGCAUCAGACAGACAUUGCUUGGGGGGAAGGGGGACAGCAAGGCUACCAGCAUGCUCUCCCCGAAACAGGACUCGGAGAGGAAGACCCCGCACAAAGAUGAUGCCAGCCCCCCCAAGGACAGGAGUGCCUGGAGGAAGGGUAUCCCCAGCCUGAUGAAGAAGCCUUUCGAGAAGAAGCCCACAGCAGGAGUCACAUUCGGGGUACGGCUGGAUGACUGCCCCCCUGCUCAGUCCAACCCGUUUGUGCCCCUGAUCGUGGAGGUGUGCUGCAACCUGGUGGAGGAGCGAGGGCUGGAGUACACGGGCAUCUACCGCGUACCAGGCAACAACGCUGCCAUCUCCAGCAUGCAGGAGGAGCUGAACAACAAAGGCUUGGAUGACAUCGACAUCCAGGAUGACAAAUGGAAGGACCUCAACGUCAUCAGCAGUUUACUCAAGUCGUUCUUCCGGAAACUUCCAGAACCUCUAUUUACGAACGAGAAAUAUGCACAUUUUAUCGACGCUAACAGAACUGAAAACGCAGUUGAGAGACUGAAAGUGCUGAAGAGGCUGCUCCAGCAACUACCGGAUCACCAUUACGAAACCCUCAAAUUCCUCUCUGCACACCUGAAAACUGUGGCGGAAAACUGUGAGAAAAACAAGAUGGAACCUAGAAAUUUGGCCAUCGUGUUCGGCCCAACCCUGGUGAGGACAUCCGAGGACAACAUGACCCACAUGGUGACCCACAUGCCUGACCAGUAUAAGAUUGUGGAGACGCUCAUACAGCAAUACGACUGGUUUUUCACCGAGGAAGGGGACGAGGAGCCCACGAGCGUGAUCCAGCGGGAGGGUGCUGUUGAGUCGCAGCCCCUGCCAAACAUUGACCAUCUACUCCCCAACAUAAAACGGACUGCUGGCUCUCCUGGGGAAGUAUCAGGUAACUUACCUGCACCAGACAACCUUCGGGAUUCAGCCACUAGUGACUCAGCCAAAUCUAAGGGCUCUUGGGGGCCUGGCAAGGAGCAGUACAGCAAGGACCUUCUACGCACAUCCAUCUUUGCAGCGGCGAGCCGCAAGCGGAAGAAAGUGAAGGAGAAGCCGGCGCUCAGCAGCUCGGACGAUGAUCUGGACAGGGCGGUCCUAAAGAAAGAGGCCCCAGGUCAGAGUCGCAGCGUGGCCAAAACUGGGGGAAAGAUCACGGCAACGGCAGCACACGAUGUGGACAUGAAAGGGACCUGCGGGAAAGACGCCGGGAAGGUUACAGAGUUACCGGCCAAGGGCCCAAAGGAACAAGAGAAAGUUGUCUCGCAGAAGGAGCCAGACCAAACUGGACCACCUGCCCCGCCUCCCUGCCCCAAACUGGCCAGCUCGCCCUCCCUGGGCUAUCGCCUCCAGCCGGAGUCCUCGCUUUCGGACCCUCCAUCCCACUGUGACGAUGCCACCUCAGACCUAGGAACCUUGAAUAGCACCAGUUCUCAGAUGUCCACACAGCGCAGUCGGCAUGGGAAGCGGGCACCCCUGGAGGUGUGUGGCCCAGCCGCUGAUGUGUGCUCCAUCACCUCGGACUACUCCACCACAUCCUCCAUGACCUUCUUGACAGGGCACGAGACCGGGCUCCUGAGCCCGGAGGUUCAGUCGGUGGCCGAGAGCCGGGGCGACGAGGCAGAUGAUGAGCGAAGCGAGCUGGUGAGCGAGGGCCGGCCGGCUGACACAGACAGUGAGAGCGACUUCCCCAUCUUUGCCAGCCAUGAGGGCUCACAGGAGAGGAUCACGCCCUCGACAAGCACCCCGGCCGGGAGCCUCAACACGGGCCCCGGCCUGCCAGCACCCAACCUCUGCCGCCCCGCCCCCAAGCCAUCCUUCGAAGGGGGACUGGAUAGCAAGGAGUUGGGCUAUCUGUCAAAGGGGAGGCCCCUGUCUAGGAGCGAAUCUGAGAAGCAGGAGCUGGCCUGGCGGCUGAGGAUGACGGAGAGGCUGAAGUGCCGGCUGAGGAACUCGGCCGACGACAUGUUCGGCGUGGGCGCCCAGAACUCCGGAUCGCCCGAGGCUCGCAAGCGGAAGGGAAUCAGGCGCCGCCACACCAUGGGGGGGCAAAGUGACUUCGCGGAGCUGGGCGUUGCUCACAUCUGGAGGGGCCGCAGCCAGGAGUCGGAGCUCUCGGCCAUGGACCGGCUGAAGCCCAAAUGCAGCUCGCAGGACUUCUCCAUCCGGGACUGGAUCGCCCGGGAGCGCUCCCGGUCCAGCAGUCUGGCUCCAGCCGGGGAGGCAGGCGGGUUCCAAGGAGCGGCAGCAGAGCAGCUGAAUGGGGAUUAUCCCGAGAGGAGGGUGCCUCCGGUGGACACGCACAAACCGUCUGGAUCGCAAGUGGUCCGCUCCAGAUUCUAUCAGUAUCUAUAACACAGGAAGGUGUGUGUGUGCGGGCGUGUGUGUGUGGGUGCGCGUGUGACGUAAUUUAUGGCUGCUGCACUUGUGUUUUUAUAUCAGUGCAAACAAGGGGGGGAGGUCGUAGCAGUAACUGGAAUCUACGCUGCAUUUCUGUAAUAUUUGACAACAGAGCAGUAGACAGGACAGGGAAAAGUCCAAGGAUCUGCUGGUUGUGGAAGAAGCACCUGGGAAGGCGAGCAUUGGACACAAUGCCCCUUGUUGUCAGGACUAUCCAGUAAGGAUAAUUUGCUGUGAGGGGGACCCCUUCACCCCAAGCCUGAACUCAUGUUGGAAAGGAAAGUACCUCCUGCCAUAUCAAUUCUGGGAGAGUUUGGGUGCCAUAGUAUCUGUUGUUAAUAUGUAAAAUUGUACUGUGAAUUAAAAUUUUAAGUACAAAUCAUUUGAUAGGUAAUAUACAGAUACAGAGUCUUUAGGCAUCCCGUCUGGGUCGGCAUAUUUUAUAAGUAUUGUUGCUUUUUUGGGUUUUAAUCGACCGUAGAUUUUAAAUAUUUCUGUAAGAUAAGUAAGUUGAAUGUACAUAUUUUGUGUUUAGCUGCUUUUUCUGGCACCAGACUUUCCGUAAUGUGACGUGUAGAUGGAGAGCGCGGGGAAAGCUGCGCGCGCAGCGGCUGUUCUCGUUGGUUUGAGCCGCACGAACAGAUGGUUAAAAGAAAACAGGGCGCCGUACAUCUACAAAAGGAGUCUUACCGCCUAAAACACUGGAAAUAAACUCGUUAUGUCACUCCUCCU